AUAAUAUUAUAAAACAAAGUCAAAGGGUAUAAAUAUAAUGCAUUGAAAUAAAAGUUAAAAUUUAUGAUCCCAUAAUUUGAGGGUUCUCCAUACACUUAUUAGUAUCUCUCUCUCUCUCUCUCUCUCUCUCUCUCUCUCUCUCUACUUUGCUCCAAUGCUCACCUCCUCUCAAAGAUUACUUUGCCUCCUCCCAUGCUCAAAUCAAAGAUACAAAACCAUCAUCUCACCGCCAUGCUGUCCAUCUCCAUCUCCCUCUCCUCUGCAUGCUCACUGUUUGAUGAAAUGCCCCAGAGACCAAAAACACCUCCUAACAAAAUGGCCCAACAAUUUCAUUCCCCUAUGGUUCAUGCCAAAGAUUACAAUGUCCCUUCACUCUCACACAAUCUCUCAAGCAAGUUCUCUUCUACAAUGUUACCGCUGAAACGCCGAGCUAUACUACAUCUCCUUCGUUCUCGCAUCAGAGAAAACGAUAUCCUAACGGCGAUGCAAUUGCACUCUCCUGUGUUGAAAUACGGGUACUCGUCGGAUGUUUACGUAGCAAGCGUGCUCGUGGAUGCGUAUGCGAAAUGUGGGUUUGUUGAGGAUGCCCACAAGGUGUUUGUUGAUAUCUCUGUGAGAGACUUGGUGCUGUGGAAUGUGAUGGUGUCUUGCUAUGCCUUGAAUGGUCUUGGUGAAGAAUCUCUUAAGGUGUUUGUGUUGAUGAGAUUAAAGGGAUUUUUCGGUGAUGGGUUUACCUUUAGUAGCUUGCUCAGUGCUUGUAGCUCCUUGGGUUGUUGUGAACUAGGAAGGAUGAUUCAUAGUCUUAUUGAAAAGUUGGGUCUUAGUUGUGAUGUAGUUGUUGGUAGCGCACUAGUUGAUAUGUAUGCAAAAUGCUGUGAGAUCGUUGAUGCUCGCAGGGCCUUUGAUGCUAGGGGUGCUCGGAAUGUUGUCUCGUGGAACGCAAUGAUUGUUGGUUACGGGCAAUGUGGCGAAGGUAAAGAGGCUAUGAAGCUUCUUAGUCGGAUGAUCAAAUUCGGAUUUAAGCCUGAUGAACUCACACUCGCUAGUAUUCUUAGCUCUUGCGCCCAUAUAGCGGCGACCAAUGAGACUACUCAAGUCCACGGUUAUGCGGUUAAAAUGGGUUUCCAAGAUUUCGUGUCGAUAGGAAAUGCUCUUAUUAUUGCUUACGCCAAGAAUGGUUUCAUAGAUGAUGCAUUUAGCUCCUUUUGUUUGAUCACUGGGCCUGACUUGGUUACAUGGUCAUCAAUGGUUUCUUCUUAUGCAUACCAUGGACUUCCUUCCGAUGCAAUUGAUCUGUUCGAGAAAAUGUUGCGAGAAGGAAUAAGGCCGGACGGAGUCGCCCUUUUAGGGGUUCUCUCUGCUUGUAGUCAUGCAGGGCUUGUGGAAGAAGGGUUGAGAUAUUUUGCUUCUAUGAGAAAUGAAUAUCAAAUUAGUCUGAAUUCGGAGCAUUAUACUUGUUUGGUUGAUUUGCUAGGUAGAGCUAAUCAACUUGAGGUUGCCUACAGUGUUCUAAGUAAUAUGUGCUUGAAACCUGAUGCUGAUGUGCUUGGAGCUUUUAUUGGUGCUUGUAAAGUUCACGGCAACACUCGGUUGGCGAAAUGGGCUGCGGAAAAGCUUUUCAAGUUACAACCAAGUGAGCCAGUGAAUUACAAACUCAUGUCCAAUAUCUACUCAUCUACGGGACAAUGGGAGGAUGUUGCGACGGUGAGAAGCACGAUGAGGACUAAAUGUUGUACCAACAUGCCGGGUUUUAGUUGGAUAGAGAUCGGUGGAACGGUUCGCUCCUUCGUCUCCAAUGACGUUUCGUAUGUGCAGGCAUCAGAGAUUCGUAAAAUGUUGAGAGUGCUUGUUACACUGAUGAAGAAAGCUAGCAUGAUUGAUGAAAUUUUGAUGGAUCAUGAUCUAGCAGUUAUGUAAAUACCAGAUUGUUCUAGUUUAUCCUAUGUAUCUUUAGUGGGACUGCCAAGUGUUGUUCAUCUCACUGGACAAGUUCAACUAUCAAGUAAGAACUUACCAUAUGACUUUGAUUCCUUUAUACAGUAGUUUUCAUCUCAUUGGACAAGUUCAUCUGAAGGUUGUCAUUUUCUUCGUUCAUGAUCACGCGUAGCUGCAAAGUAUGCUAGAAUUCUAUCAUGCUGUCUUCUCAGGUGGCAGUUCCUCACAAAACUCCUGUCAAUUGAUUCAAAUCAGAUGCAUGAAGGUUCUUGAGAUUGCUUGUUUUCUCUGUCCAUUGGAGCCUACAAGAAAGUAAGGUAAGGUCACUCUUCCUUUUCUACUGUUGCCAAAGUAACAUUGAUUGUUAUCGGAAACGGGGAUAUGUUAUCAAUCUUUAACAUUGCACUGCUUUAUACUCAACAACUUAUUUAAGCUAUGAACCUUUGUCCUCCUCCGUUCUGCUUCUCUUUUCACAUACACUACUCUCCUUCGAUCGUGCACUUUCCAUGUCUGAGUUGUUCCGUCAUUCUCCUGCACGGUUGCGCUUGAUGAUCAUACCCUCUCCUCCCAAGCUUCUUUGUUGGGAGACUACAUCAGCGACUUUAGACGCUCUUGCUACUACCACUGCCUCUGAUCCUUAGAUCACAACAUCUAACUGCUCCUUUGCUAUUGAGACUUCAAUAUAUUCUUAGAUGGAUAGUACUCUGAUGAUCUACUUGUCUCACUGACUGUGUCUUCUCUUUUUUGUUUGUUUAUCUUAUAAUUUGUUGGGACCGUAUGACAGAAAGGAUAUGUUUGUUUUGAUGACUGAGGUGCAUUUAGCAUCUCUAUGAUGUUUCUCCUUAAAAUCUUUUUUUUUUUAAGAAUAUGCAUAGAAAAUUACUCUAUAUUUUAAACUCACCAAAAAAAAUUUGAAAUUGCUUUAUUUUCAGUCAAAACUAUAUCUUGUCUACUUAAUUCUAGUUCCCAAUCUAUCAAAUGAAAAUGGAUUUGUUUUGGAUAGAUGACAUGAAUGGCAUACUAGAAAUUGAGAAUGUGGUGGUGCUCAAACUCUCUGGACAUUUGAAUUAAUUAUGAGGCUUGAUGACCAUUUUCAUUCAUCAGUUCCCAGGUGGAAAUUCAUGGCUAUUGCCCGAGAACUUUUUCAAGUCAUGAAGGAACUGAACCUGCAUUUUCAUGGUUGCUUAUAUUUGUUUUUGCAGCCAAAAAUUAUUUAAUAUGUUUAUAGAGUACAAAACAUCAAAAAGAGAUUUAAGGAUUGUUUGGUUACACAGAGUUAUUGAGUUGUAACUGCACUGUAGUUGAAAUUGGAUGUAAAUUUAAGUAUGAUAUUUGGUUUGGUUAACUUAAAU